CAAAAUGUGGCCUCCGAACCCUGCAUGUUCGCGGGAUGGAGGCGUCGCCACGAGCGAGUAAACGACGGCCAUGCAGCGCCGAAGCGUCAGAGGCGCCGCAGCCACGCAUCUGCCGCACCUGCAAGAAAGGUUCGAGAUCGUCUCGGAAGGGCUGGUGUCGUUGCGUGCAGGUCAUAUAUUAGAUGCGGACAGGGCGCUCCGAUGUUUCGUCGAUGGUUCUUCCUCUUCGCAUGAAGACGGAAAUGCGUACAGCACAGGAUGAUUCUCUCCACAGUCUCGCUUGCGAUCGCGAUCGCGAGUGUGCGAGCACAAUCGCAAUGUUACUUUCCCGAUGGCACGCCGACCGAUAACUUUGUGGCCUGCAACAGCUCCUCCUCCUCCUCCAACGACGGGUUCAGCAGCUGUUGCGGACGGAACGAUCUGUGCACCACGAACGGGCUCUGCAAAAACGCGCAAUGGGAUCAAGAGAACAAUUACUACUGGCGACACGCCUGUACCGAUCCGAGUUGGAAAUCGCCCAACUGCCCGAAUUACUGCACGACGGUGGACAAUUCCCCCGGACAACCGUGGAACAACAGCCACAUGGUCUGGGCGUGCACGCAGACGACCUACUGCUGCUCGCCGUGGCGCUGGCCGAACAACGGCGUGCCCGGACGGUCCGCGCGGUACACCUGCUGCAACGACACGGCGGCCGUGUUCGACGCUGGGCCCGCCGUCUACCUCGCAGGCCAGAUCUUCUCCACGACCCAGUUCCCCGCGACCUCGGCGACCGCGACAUCGACGACGACGGCGACGGCGACCCCCACCGCCUCGUCGCCGUCGGAUCCGUCGGUCCCGCAGGGCCUCGGGCCCGGCACCGCCGCGGGCAUCGGCGUUGGGGCGUCGAUCGGCGCGAUCCUCCUGAUCGGAAGCGCGCUCUGGCUGGUCCGACGGAGACGACGACGCUCCCGCGAGCCAGCAGAAGGGGGAGCGGGCGAGGCGGCGGCGAAGGCGGACCCCUCCGUCACAGACAGCGAGGAGGCGGGGGGAGAAGCGCCGACGUCGUCGUCGUCGCCGGUCGACGACGGGGAUUCCGCCGCGGGAGGCGCCCGCGCGUGGCGGCUGAGCUCGGCCCAUCUCCCCGAGGCGGACGGCUCGAGCGGACGGUAUGAGCUCGAAGAUGCGCCCCGAGGGGGCAUGUCGGAGGCGGAUUCGCGUGGGAGGUAUGAGCUGGGAUUCCCGCGGCCGGAUUCGCCGGAGUUGGUGGCGGGGCAGUUUGAUGGGAGGAGGGAGUUGGCUUGAUGAUGACGAUGAGGGUGGUGGUGGUGGUCAUGGAAUGAUGUGAUGUGAUAACGAUGGGAAUGUUUGUUUGUUUUGUGUGUAUGCGUGUGUGUGUGUCUGUGUCUGUAUCUAUGGGACCAUACAUUCAAUUAUCCCCGCCAAUGAUUGUAUACGACGAAAAUUGAAGAUUGAAGAGAGAGACGAACUGCGGGAUUCCCGCGGCGGCGACGG